AUGCCCCGAAAAAUCAAGGAAAUAAAAGACUUCUUGCUCACAGCCAGGCAAAAGGAUGCCAAAUCUGUCAAAAUCAAGAAAAACAAGGACAAUGUGAAGUUUAAGGUUUGCUGCAGCAGGUACCUGUAUACCUUGGUCAUCAUAGACAAAGAGAAGGCAGAGAAACUUAAAUAG